AUGGAGUAUUGUAACGUCACAUUUGCGUCACAUUCAUUAGUCGUACCAAGACCGACAAGUUUUGAGCUCACUCCGCCCAUGAAACUCUUUUUUCAAUCGUUAUAUGUAUCUCCACGUGAAUUGGCAUUACAACAAAAGGAAGAAGAAAGGAGAAGAAAUAAAGUAGAUGAUCUGGAGGAUCAGAAAAGUCGGGAUCAGAAGAAUCAGAAUCAGAUGGUGAUCGAGCACGAGAAGAAAACAACACGGCCGCUUGAAAAAUGGAUUGGAGACAUGGAGCAAACGUUUCAAGGCGAGACGUUGGUCGAUACGAAGCAAUGGAUUGAACAAGUGGCAGAGAACGAGCAGUUGAUGAAUUUACCUGCAGGUUUUUUCUUACAGACACAAGGACAGGGACAUGAAGCGAUUUAUUCCAAGGCCGCUUACUGUAUCAAUGUGAUCACGCCAAGUGACUCACCUGGAUUAUUAGUGGAUUUGGAACUGUAUUUGAACGCACUACCAUCUGCACGACCAGUGUAUGCAUACAAAGGCAAUGGAAAACACCAAAGCACGAGUAACAACAACUCAAAGCGAUUGGACAUACCCACUUCAGUCAUUGAUUUUUACUUGGAACGACAUCCCGUAGACAAGAGAUACUAUCCAGAUUUUCAUGCACCCAAGGAGAAGACCAUUUGGAUCAUGGUGAAUGUCGAGUUCUUUGACAGACAUGAACUGGACAACCCUAGAGUUGGGGUAAUGAUUGUUAAAAAUCGCAUAGGACUGAAAAAAGUGCUUGAAUACAGAUAUCGACAUCAACUCUCGUACUCUGUGUUUUACACCAAGCACACGAGUCGAGACUUGUAUCAACCUGAUGUACAGCGUGAUUGGUCGUCAUUUCUCCAUCUUGCAGGCUGGAGUCCGUUCAAGAAUACACGAGUCAUACUCCAGGCGUGGGCAUUGCAUCCAGAGUGGCCGCUAGUCAUCAUUCGUGUAAUCCAGGACGAAUUAUGCCAGUGGAUUGAGGAGCAAUAUGGUGACAAGGACUCUUGGCGGCUUCAAAACGUGGAUUUUGCAUGUGGAUUGGUGCCUACUGAAGAAAAAGACCGAUUGCAAAACCAGAUUGGACUCCAUUUGUGUCCAAGCGAGACUGAGGGAUUUGGUCAUUACAUUAAUGAGGCUCGAAGUGUCGGCGCACUAAUCCUGACAACAAACGUACCGCCAAUGAAUGAGCUUGUGGACGAGAAUAAUGGUGUGCUGAUAGGAGAACCCCAUGCUUGGUGGUGGCAGACGAAAGGUGAUUUAUUCAUGCCACUUGCAGAAGUGAGUGUAGCCGACAUUGAGCGGGGUGUAGAACAAAUUUUGCUGCUACCUAUAGAGGAGCGACAACGGAUGGGUCGACGGUCGCGUGCGAAGUUUCUUAAGGAUCGCGUGUACUUCCUCAACGCCAUGACCGCAUUAGAAGAAAGUCUUUGUCAGGAUGAGAUUCGAAUUGAGAAAUUGAAGCCCUAUCUGUAUUAG